AGCAUCCGCAACACUGACCGUGUGUCAUCCUACUUUGCAUGAAGGAAAAGCCUUGGGGGGAAAAACUUGGUGUCUGAUAAAAGGACUUGAGGAAGAGAAGGGCAGCUGCUCCCCCUUUCCCAUCAAAUCGAAACAAAACUGAGACGAGUGGGGGAAAAACAAAACAAAACAAGCGAGUCUACGCGGGACCCCAGAGGAAGGAGGACCGCUAACCUAAGAAAACCCGAGGCGCCGGCACCCAGAAGGGAAUCCCGAGGGCGGAGCCCACAGGGGAAGGAGGUGUGGAGUCAGGAGAGUUGCCGAGAGAAGUGGGGGACAGGGAUAGUGAUGGGAGAAAAGACGGCCAGGCAGAGAGAGGGGUGGGGCUGCCAGGGCAGUGCCCCGGGCAAAUGUCACUCAGAGCCGGGGGAGGGGAGGGUCCGAGCGCAAGAAUCCCCGGGCGGAGGAUCACUGCUUUAGCAGCCUCGAGCCACAGCAGCUUAACGCCGCCCGCCCCGUGGUCCCUGCCCGGAGCCCCCGGGUCCCCGAAGGUGGGAAGCGGCAGGGCAGAAACCCCGAGCCGGAGGCGGCUUUACCUUCGCAGGAGGCUGGAGGCGCUCCAGCCCGAGCUCCGCCCGCCGCCGGCUCCACGUCUUGAGUGGGAUGAGGCGCCGCCAGCCCCGUCCCCUCUCGCUUUCCUUUUCCCCGCCGGGGCCUGUCGCCGCGGGUUCCUGCGCCGCGGCCCCCACCCCUCCGCUCCACCCUCUGCCUCUCAGAGGCUCGCUCUGGACGCCGCCAUCUUCCACCAGGCUGCGAGCGCUGACCACCAACGCGCGUGCGUGGCCGCCGCCCCGGCCGUCACGAGACCCUGUCAGCUGACCUCAGCGCUUCCGCCUCGCGCCCCGCCCCCACGCGCAUUUGGCUCCCUCCCUCUGUGGCUCAUUCGCCAUCUUCCGGGAAGCGCCGCGUGCGCGCCGCCCCGCCGUUCCGCCUCUCGGGAAGUACGCGUGCGCAGAGCGAAAGAGAGCCUUGGGCUAAGCUGCGGGCCAGGCGCCACGCCCCCUGGAGCGUUCCGGGAGGCCACGCCCCCCGAGUCGAUGGAGACACGCCUCUCAGCCUGAGUUCUGCAGGCGUCCGCAUUGGCUACUGUAACUCUAGAAAGGAGCAUCUCUGUUGCCUAGCCCUAGACUUCAGAGUCCUGGCGCAUCCACGAAGCCGUCGAAAGCCUCAGUGAGCAUCUCUGGUUUAUCUGCAUUGUGGGCAUAACUUUUACUCGCUACUGACAUACCUUGAACGGGGCUUUAAGUUUUGAGUGUUCAGGGAGAUUAAAUGGAGACCGAAGCCUCAGAGGUCAAAGGCCUUUGCAAGUGAAGUGCUAGACAGGUAACUCACUGCUGCCUCCCUUGUCCUCUGACCCCAGAACCAGGAUUUAAUUGGCCAGGUACUUAAGGCCAAUUAACUCACAGCCGUCUGAGAUAGGGAUUAUCCUCUAUUUUCAGAUAAUAAAUUGAAGUGUAGUCCCACAGUAGUAGACUUAAUAUUUGAGCUCAAGUAAGUUGACUCAAGAACUUUUGCUCUCUGGAUAAGAACUCACUGACACUAUAAGAAGAGAGUGAGUAUCAGAAUGAAAUAAAGUUACAGAUGGCAAUUGUGUCCAAGCUAUGAGCAACAGUCGGUGUCUCAUCUCAGAUGUGAGAGGGGCAGACUACCCUCUAAAACAUGAU